AUGUCAUCCAAGGACAGCUACCCUCGAGUGCUGCUGUUCGACAUUGGAGGUGUCUGCGUCGUAUCUCCCUUCCAAGCGAUCCUUGACUACGAAAAGAGCAAAGGCAUACCCCUCGGCUACAUAAAUUAUGCCAUAUCCGCCUCGAGCCCGGAUGGCGCAUGGGCAAAGCUCGAACGCGGCGAUAUCCUCCUCGACGACGCCUUCUUCCGCGAGUUCAAAGCAGAUCUGAGCAACGAGAGAAGGUGGCGUGAAUACUACGCCAGAUCAUUAGCCAGGUCGCGGAAGGAAAGCCUUGGUCAAGCCGCGGAAGAGACUGCGUACCAUGUCCCGCCGAUACCAGAUAUCGAUGUUGAAUCGCUGUAUUGGGAGAUGAUGCGAGUCGCUCGGGAACCAGACCCACAUAUGUGGCCAGCUCUUCAACGACUCCGGAAAGCCGCAGACCAGAGCAAAGGCAAGCUGAUCCUCGGUGCUCUGAGCAAUACCUCGAUCUUCCCGCCCGGUCAUCCUUUCAACGAUGAUUCUACUCCUGAGGGCAGACAGAACAAGGAGUUAAAGAGCGUGUUCGACAUCUUCGUCAGCAGUGCACAUGUAGGCAUGCGGAAGCCACAUGAAGACAUCUAUCGAUAUGCUGUUGUCCGCCUUCACGAGUAUGUGAAGCUCAACAAUCUUGGCAAAGGCGUUCGACCGCAAGAUAUCACAUUCAUUGACGACAUUGGAGGAAACUUGAAAACCGCGAAGAAGUUGGGCAUGAACACGAUCAAGGUUACACUUGGAAGAGCAGAUCUUGCUGUCGCGGAAUUAGAGAAACUUACAGGGUUGCAGCUCAGAGACGAUAAAGCUCGACUAUAG